AUGCAAUGGGAUCCUACGAUUCCUCGAAAUUGCUGGACUCCGGAGACCUUGCAAGCCUUGGCUUUCACCCACGCAGCACUCAACAUCGUGACUGAUUUUGUGUUCGCUGUGGUGAUACCAAUCCCGAUAUUGUGGGCCCUCCAAAUGAACAAAAGAACGAAGGCUGCUGUCAUGAUCAUGCUGUCGCUGGGUCUGUUCGUCUGCUUGGCCGGUAUAUUGCGAAUUCCAACUAUCGUCAAUUAUGGGAAGGCGGGAGACUUCCUUUGGGACAGCAGGGGUUUGUCUAUCUGGUUCGUUGCGGAAUUCAACACCGGAAUCAUCGCAGGAAGUAUGCCUGCACUUAAGCCUCUUUUUAAGACCAUUUUUGACAGCACAUAUUUUAAGGGUUUGACCCAAAGAUAUGGCUACGGGAAUAAUUCAGGUGCAGCCGGAAGUCACCAACGAUCAUUCUCAGCAAAAGGCUUCAACAAUCUACGCAACAAGGAACGAUUGGACUCGCAUGAUCAGUUUGAUGAUGUUGAUGGCUCCUUGAGCCAGCGCGGUCUUGUCUUGGAGAAUAAACCUAUUGCUCUGGGUGUGAUCGAAAAGAAUGUUAUCACUACCGUUACCCAAAUGGAUCAACCGACCGCGCCAAACACGAAGAGAUAUGUAUGGAAUGAGUAA